UAUUUCAGUUUUGCCGGGAGAGCCUAGAAAAAGAUAUGACCUAAAAAGCCCGCUCUCGAAAUUUUGGCAUGAAAAUUUUGAACCCCAAACCCCUCCUAUUGAGCCCGCCCUAACCCCAAUUUUUUCCUUCUUCCCUAAAACCAUACUCAAUUCAAAUCCCUAAAUCGCUAAUUCAUUACCUUCUUUGGCAAACACGAAGUCAAUUUGACUUCAGUAUCCUCGAUCUCUCUAGGGCUCUUGAUAUUUUUCAUUUCUUCUUUGAUUUUCACUGCCAUGGCGAGCGAAACCCUAGAAGAUCCGAAGCCGGAGGAAGAGGCUCCGGUGGAAGAGAGAGAGGAGCCGAAAGGAGAAGAAGACAAUAAAGAAGCACCAGAGAAGGAAGUGAUUGAGCAAGAAAGUCGCGAUGUUCCCUUGAAAGAGGUCUCUGGGGACACUAAGGAGGAGACUGAAGAGGAAAAAAGCGUCGAACGUAAAGUUGAGGAAUCGAAGGAGGAGGAAGCUGAAAAAAGCGAGAAACCAAAGAGGGGACGAAAGAAGAGCUCAAAGAGUGACUCUAGUGGAGGUAAGGAUGUUAGCGCGGAGAAAAAACAGAAACUAGAUCACGAAUCAGGGGAGAAAAAGGAGCCUACAACGCCAGCUAGCGAGAGGCCGACGAGGGAAAGGAAGACAGUUGAGAGGUACUCGGCGCCUUCUCUGGCGAGAUCUUCAUCCAGCAAAGGACUAUCGAUCGAGAAGGGACGUGGCACACUGCUCAAAGACAUUCCAAAUGUGGCCUUUAAACUGUCAAAGAGAAAACCUGAUGACAAUCUGCAAAUACUUCACACAAUACUCUUUGGAAAGAAAGCAAAGGCGCAGGUUUUGAAGAGGAACAUAGGCCAGUUUUCAGGCUAUGUAUGGGUUUUGGAUGAGCAGGAAAAACAGAAAGCAAAAGUGAGGGAAAAGCUUGACAAAUGUGUGAAAGAAAAAUUGAUGGAUUUCUGUGAUGUUCUUAAUAUUCCAAUAAAUAAGUCCAAUGCGAAAAAGGAAGAACUAUCUGCUAAGUUAUUGGAAUUUUUGGAAGCACCUCACAUGACAACUGACAUUUUACUUGCUGAUAAGGAGCAGAAAGGUAAGAAGCGUAAGAAGGCCACAAGCAGCAAAAGUGCAAGCCGUGCAGCAGCAUCAGAUACAUCAGCCAAGAAGCAAAGGAAAACAUCUGAGGUUGGAGAAAAACAAAGGCCUUCAUCCGAAGUUGAGGAAGACGAUGACAAAGAUGCUGAAGAUGGUUCUGAGGAUGAAAAUGACGACACUACAGUACCAGAACAGGGUGAUCAUGAGGAGACCAAGUCUGAGGAAGAUGAUGGGGAAUCAGAGGAGCAGAUGUCAAGUAAAAAGAACUCGAAGAAUGUGAAGGAGGGUUCUGCUAAAAGCAUGGAUAAUGCUGUACCGGAGAAGAGUUCCCCUGUAACACCUGCAGAAGGUUCAAAGAAAUCUUCCAAAAAAGCUUCUAGUUCAUCUUCAAAAAAAGGUGAUACUGAAAGGACUUCUGGUUCCCUUUCUAAAUCAAAGGGAUCUGCGUCUAAGAAACCCAAAGGUGAAAGGGAGAACGCAAAGGACCAAAGUGUUACCACCAAGAGCAAGAAUACUGGGAAGAAACAAUCAGGUAAAGAAAAAGUUAACAAGACGUCUAAGGAACCCAGCAGGGAACAGAUGCAUGCAGUGGUUGUAGAAAUUCUGAAGGUGGUGGACUUCAAUAUUGCAACUUUAUCUGAUAUUCUCAGGCAACUAGGUACGCAUUUUGGUGUUGACUUAAUCCAUAGAAAAGCAGAGGUGAAAGAUAUCAUCACAGACGUAAUAAAUAACAUGUCAGAGGAAGAAGAUGAAGGAGAGGAAGAUGAUAAUGCUGAGAGUGGCAGUGACUCAGAAAAUAAUGAGGGUGGGGGUGAUGAUGCUUAGUUCAUUCAAGUGAAUGCAUAAAUGAGCCUCCCUGAACAUGAGGUAUUUAUGAAGUGUCAUCCUUCUGGACUGGUUUCAUGGGGAGUUUCUGUGAAUGUUACGCAAGUGUUACAGUUUCGAUCUUGCGGCUUUUCUUUUAAAUGGAAAUUCUUAAGUGGGAUUGUUUGUAACAUAUUUAUGGGUAGGUUUAACUUCUUUUUUUCCCUCAACUCUAAUGCUUUUGUAUGCUAUUGAAAUAAUCAUUCAGAUGUAUUUGUUUAAUGAUUGAACCUUCCCGUGUUAUACAUGGUUUGGUUACUAGAGGAUGUUUAGAGCAAGCAAUAAAAUUAGAAAUAACUUUAUUUUCCUCCA